UCCAAAUUGUCAAAACAGAUCCGUAUUAUUUAUCAAACACACAUAUCCUUUUGUAAGAAAGGGUUAUUAUUUUUUUAAAUGUAAAUUUCUUUUUAUUAGUAGUCAGGAACAAAACUUGACAAGAGAAAAAUUAUGGCUGGAUCAGCUUUACGAAGACUUAUGGCUGAAUACAAACAAUUAACCUUGAACCCUCCAGAAGGAAUUAUAGCCGGUCCUAUUAAUGAAGAAAAUUUUUUUGAAUGGGAAGCUUUAAUCACGGGUCCAGAAGGUACUUGUUUUGAGGGAGGUGUAUUUCCUGCAAAAUUGAUUUUUCCUCCGGAUUAUCCACUAAGUCCACCCAAAAUGCAAUUUACUUGUGAAAUGUUUCAUCCAAAUAUUUAUUCUGAUGGCAGAGUUUGUAUUUCAAUUUUACAUGCACCCGGAGACGAUCCUAUGGGUUAUGAAUCUAGUGCCGAAAGAUGGUCACCUGUACAAAGUGUAGAGAAAAUUCUACUUUCAGUUAUUAGUAUGUUGGCAGAGCCGAACGACGAGAGUGGUGCAAAUGUAGAUGCUGCCAAAAUGUGGAGAGAAAAUAGAGAUGAAUUUAAUCGAAUAGCCGAGAAAAUUGUAAGAAGAACUUUAGGCAUUCCUACUUAACUUUAAAAGAUUAUACUAGAUCCUAUUUCAAUUUAUUGUUUUUCUAUAAUAAAUAUUUUUAUUUAGUAAUAACUGUUAUUGUAAUAUAUUGUAAUUUAAUAUCAAAUAAAAAAAUUGUGUUUGGGGAUUUGUUUAAGGGGAUAAGAGAAAAAAAUA